GCGGACGAUGGUGUGUACAUCACUAGGAACGGGAAGAUCAACUUCGUGGACCUGGCUGGUUCUGAGAUGACCAAGAAGACCAACUCUGAAGGCAAGACUCUUGAAGAGGCCAACAACAUCAACAAGUCUCUGAUGGUGCUGGGAACGUGCAUCGCGGCGCUGUCCGACUCCCGCAAGAGAGACGCUCACGUACCUUACAGAGAUUCCAAGCUGACCAAACUUCUGGCUGACAGUCUAGCGGGCAAUGGUGUAACUCUCAUGAUAGCAUGCGUGUCCCCGGCCAAGUCUAACAUCAGCGAGACCAUCAACACACUCAGAUAUGCUGCUAGAGCUAAGCGUAUACGUACCAAGCCCAUCAUUGUCAUGGACCCCAAGGAGAAGGUGAUCAUGAGUCUGCAGCGGGAAGUAAGUCUCCUGAGGGAAGAGAAUGCCCAUCUUAAGAUGCUUAUUGACCUGGGCGAAAGUGGUCUUCCUCAGGGUGGUCAACAUACUACAAGUGGGCAGUCACCAUCACUGGCCAAUGAUCCUAAUAUAGCAGAAAAUGUCCCUAAUACAGCAGCCUUGCCACUGAUGUCCCGCCAAGGAUCUUUCAGAAUAGACGAUGAGAAGCUAGAGAACCUGGACAACCGGGAACUGAUCAGACUUGUUCAACAUUACAUGGCAGAGCAUGAAAAUGUCCGAAUGGAAAACAAGGAGCUGCAGGAAAUAACGGCCGAAUUGGUGCGGGACCAGGAGCUUGUAUGCAAGGAAAAUGAGCGACUUCUUCGAAAGUUGGAGGCUGCCAGCAGAGUUUCAACCUCAGAUCCUAAUGCUCAGAAUGAUGACAGUGUGUCCGGAAAUCCUGCCGCAAGUGGUGAGAACCAGUUAGAUUCUUCUUUAGCCACUAAUACUUCUAGCACGAAUCGUGGGAGUAAAAGAGGCUCUAAAAUUUCUUCUUUUAGAUCUCGUUCUCUACCAUCCUCGUCGUCAUCACAAGUGUGGAUAAAUCCUCUCAAUGACACCAGAGGAAAGGAUACUGGUUCAGCUACAAGUAGGAGAAGUGAUAACACAGCACCACAAGAGUCUCCACAGCGUCCUCAUCAUCUACCAGACUCUAUCAACAAGGAGCUUGAGAAAAGACGUAUUGGCAAAAGCAUGACAGACUUGUCAGGAUCAGGAGGGUCAACCAACAGUGGAAAGAGCAACGGAGGGAGGCUCAACACUUCUGAUGGAAGGAAUGAGUCUGAGUUCAUACUUACAAGGAGGGCACCACUCAAAAGCAAGAGUAUAUCACCGGGAGUUGCUGCUGGUAAAAGUGGAGGUCGAGGUAAGGCUCGCUCAAAGUCGGUGCCACGGCAGAAGGGUGGAGGACGGGGCGAUAUCCCCCGUGGUCCUGCUGCAAGAGGUACAGAUCGUAAACCGAAAGAUCCCUCUUACCCCGGCUCCUCGCUCCCAUCCGCAGCUAACUUGACACCUCUUGACAUCCCCACUAACCAAAUGCCCAUGUCUGCUUAAAGCACAGGAAGAUAGUAUAAUUGUGGGCAUGCUUAUUUCAUCUGGGAAAAUGUGAAGACAAAACAAGAAAAGCAUUUUGGUGUUAAUUAGGUAAUAGAAUACCUCAUGGUUUUACCAUUCAUACUUUUGUUCUGCUGCUUUGUUUCAGGAUGAUUCUUUAAAAGCAUCUCUGCAUUGACUUAUAAUCGUUCAAUAUGCAUGUCUAUACAGUGAAGCUUCCUAUUGAAACUGAGAUUUUGUUGGAAGUACUUUUUAUUAAAUGGUCGCUCUACACCUUAAUUAUACAGUGGUGCUCUGAGUUUCAGCUAUAAUUCGUUCCAGAAGGCUGUUCGAGUGCCAUUACCGAACAAAUUUGUUCCCAUAAGGAAUAGUGUAAGUUAGAUUAGUAUGUUUCAGACCCCCAAAAAUACACUUACAAAAGCACUUACAAUAAUACACUUACAUAAUUGUUCGAGUUGGGAGCUGUACGAAACUCGGGGUACCACUGUACUAUUAUGAAAAGCAAAGCUACACAAAACUGAUAACACAUUAAUGACCUGUUAGUAAUAUUGUGCUAGACAUGCUGCAUUCUCAGUUGAAAUAGUGUCAAAAAAAAUAAUAUACUGGAACCUGAGUUUUUUUAUAUUGUAGGCAUCAGUACUUUCUAGACAGUUUCUAAAAUGGUUCAAAAUACUCUCAACUUGUCGGAGAUCAUGCUAUGAUUAACAGAUGGAGGAUCAAGCCUCCAGUACGUGUGCUGAAUGGCUCACAAAAGUUCAGCAUUUUACAUCAUCAUAAUGUCAUGUACUGUAUAAACAUUGUUCUAAACCUCAUAUGAGCAUUUUUUUUGGAGAAUUGUUUUAUUAGCUUACUUUUUAGAGUAUCAUAUACUUUCUUGCAAAAAAAUACUUUUAAAAAUUAGUGCUUUCCUCCCAUGUUUGCAAGAAAAUUAGACCAUCUGUUGAGCUAGUAAAAGUAUAAAGUACGUAUAAGCAUGGUAAUUAUACCUAAUGUAUAUAUGUACAGUAUACUGCAUAUACUUUUUAUUAAUAUCUCUAAAUUUUAUUGAAAGGUUUAUAAUUGCUACAGUAUGCAGCAGUUAUUAUAUCUGUAGCGGGAGUUUUUUCUCAAUAUCAUAAAAAUGUUCUGCAGCAGUUUUAAUUACAGCACAGCUGUUUACACCAAGGUAGGGUGAUGCAAAGAAGGAAAAGUCUAUCCUUUUAGCAAUUAGUCAGGUAGUGGUUACUAGCUCUGUUUCCUGCAUUUUAGUCACCUUCUGUGACAUGCAGUUUGAAAAAGAAUUUCAAUCUACUUUCCCAUGGAAUUGAACAGGAAACAUUACAGAGAAAAGAAUUAAGAAAUACAGGAGAAAGAAAAAAAUAUUGAAUAUUGAAUGUAAUUAGAAAUUUGCAAGAUUUACCCUACAUCUUUAAUGUUCAAGAGACAAAAAGGACCGGCAAUUAUGCUGGAUAAAAAACAAUUAUUAAGCAUUCUGUUCCACUCAGAAUGAUAGUACCUCCCUGGGUGAUUCAGUUCUACCAACCUACUUGUAUAUAAUUGUGGAACAGGACUUCUUAAAAUUAAGUGAAGGAGAGAGGGGGGGAUGUUCACUUAUAUGUGAUGUGACAGCAAGUGCAGGACCACCACCUGUCAUGCUGUACAACUUCUAAUAAGAGAUAGCCAGGACAGUUUGUUCCAUGAACUAUAAUGGUUAUAUCAUGCUUUAUAUAUAACCAGUGGAUUGAACCUAAAUGCCAAAUCCUACAGGGGUCAUAUAGCACCUGGGGUUAACUCUACCCCUCCACCCCACUGAACUAAAAAUACAAGGUAUAGUUAGCUAAAAGAUGAUGAAGCCUUUUAGCAUACAGUUUAAGGUCCUUUGAAUAAAAUUUGGCAUGAUCUGGCUGUUUUAAAAUUUUAUGCACUUUUGUUUCAAGUCACCAUAAUUCAUGCUAAGAAGUCGAAACAAUUAAAUCAGGUUACAUCUUGAUUUGACUUACUAUUAUUAAAAGUUUUAAUUCAGUAAAACUUGCACAAUUUUUUUUAACACACUGGCCGUUUCCCACCAAGGCAGGGUCACCCGAAAAUGAAACUAUCAUUCAUACAAUCACUGUCUUGCCAGGGGCAAGUGGACGACAGUUUAGAUGUCACUCUAAACAGCAGACUUCCCAAACUCCUUUAGAGUGCACGCACUACUUCCCUCCUCCAGGACUCGAGUCUGGCUAACUAAUUACCCUGAAUCCCUUCACAAAACAUUACCCUGCUCACACUCCAACAGCUCAUCAAAUCCCAAAAACCAUUAGUUUCCACUCAUUCCCAUCUAACAUGCUCCUGUGUACCUGCAUAUUUAAUGUAAUUCAGCUUUGUGUAUAGUAGAAGCAGGUUGAUUGCAGUGCUGCAAUGGCAGGGAAAAACAAGAUAGGGUGCUUAUUAUUUCAUCAAAUUGUUUGUAUAGUGAAAUUUACUGGGAGACCUGGAAUACCUUAAUUGCCAUACCAGAUUUUGUCAAUUUUUAACUUGUCAGGAUGAAGGUAAUGUAACUGUUAGGAAUUUUAAUGUGCUCAGUAUGUAUGGGUAGGAUAUUUUGUGAAGCAUAUCUCCUGUAAUACGAGUGCUUUGUCAUUUGUGUACAUUUACACAAAGCAUACUGUUUGCGACUAUUGAGUCAUGCAUUAACAUAACUCAUGAAAAGAAUCUCUUGACUAGUUUGAUACAUAAUUAUAUAUAGCUAAGCACUAAAUCCAUAAGGGUCAUACAGGUUGAUACAUAUAAAAUUGGGGGAAGUCUUUAGUUUAUGCAAAUUCUUAUAUUUAUAAAUCAAUUUACCUUUUUUUUUUUUUUCAUCUGGUGGUGACAACCAUUGAACCUAUACUGAUUUAGCCUUUUUUUGUAAACAAGUCAUUCAUCUCCUAGUUAAAAUAUACAAUGGAGCAAAUUUCCCCUCGAGGGAGGUUCCUUAAUGCUGUUGAGGGUGCUUGAUCCAAGGAAUUGGACCUGUUCUCCCCUUUCUUGGAUCAAACCCAUUACCUCCCAUUUCCCAGGUUGUACAUGACCCUUACAGGUUUGUCGCUUUUCCUAAUCAUUAUUGUGCCAUAAACUAUUUCCUUGUUUUUAGCUAUGGCAUCUUGUACAGCCACUGCUAUUAUUAUUAUUAUUAUUAUUAUUAUUAUUAUUUUAUUAUUAUUAUUAUUAUUAUAAAGAAGCGCUAAGCCACAAGGGCUAUACAGCGCUGCAGGGUAGGGAAGGAAGCGAGGGUACUGGGCGGUAGAAGGGGGGAGGGAUGAUCAGUAGGUUACAGAAAACAGCGGGGCAGGGGAUAGUGCGGGGGUAGAGGGCAACAAGAGAUUGAGGUAGAGGUAGAAAGGGCUGAAGGCAUCAUCAGAGUUUGUGAAGUAAGUCGGUUGUUGUCAAAAACAGCCACUGCUAGUAUUUGAACAUGCCUGUUUUGCACUUUCCUUUUUAAAUGUGGCAGUGCCAACAUUUUAUUUCCCCAUUGUGACAAAAUUAAAAUAAAAUUACCUGGUAGUUUUUUAGACUUUGAAGGAUUAUAAUUUUUUUUAGUUUUACAGUGUUGGUGUCCAAAAAUUUUUGUAAGUCAGCAACAUUGGUAUAAAUAUGCACAGUGGUAUUCAUUUUUUAAAUUUACACUAAACGAUAAGUUUUGAAAUUUUUGUUUUCAAUGUAUAGUACAUAGUUUGUGUUUCAUGAUAUUUUACUUGAAAUAUGAGAGGCAUAGCUCAUAUCCCCUUAUGGAAUAUACAAUAUAAAUGGGUACAAAUGAGUAUCUUGAUUGCUUUGGUCUUCUAUAUACUGUACAAGAAAUUCAUAGUUUAAAGUUGAUAACCCUCAAAUCAGGUCAGGUUUCAUUGACUUUCCUGGUUUAUCUGGGUUAAAUCUACAUAAUGAACUUUUCAUAUGCACAUAAAAUGUGCCUUGUGCUAUGCACACAAACUUAGAUGCAGUGGCAUGCCAUAAACCUUGUUGACAUUUGAAGCAACACAUCCAUGAUGCACAGAGUGGAUUGGUCUGGCUCAACAUUGUUUUGGGCAAGACAUGGUGGUAGAACACCUUAACAGCUGAGCCAAAGCAUAAAAUUUCAGCAGGUGGCAAAUUUAAAGGUAUGAAAAUUACAAAAAUUUGUUGGAUGCAGUUUGGUCCCAACCGUAAUUUGUUAGGCACAGUUAAAGGGAUAAAGCUGCUAAGCAUAAGAAAUUUAUUAGGAUAGUCAUUACCAUUUUGUGUAACAAGAAUUGAAAGUGGCUGGCCAUUUUUCAAUUACAUUUUGCCACAAAAUUUAAUUUACUAAGUAAUUAAUAUUAAGUCAGGUAACCUUUUAAAUAGCUUUGCAAUUAAAAUUCUGAAACAAUAAGAGACUAUAUUUUGACCACUUAUCAUUCAAUUAAAUUUCAUGUGAAGUCCCCAACUUAUUACAGCAAGUCAUUCCUGAAAAUUUUAAGUCAAUUCAGACUUAUGAACAUUUCUCCCAUAGACACCCACAUCAUAACUGGAGAAGUGUUCCAGAGCCAUAGUAUUCCACAUCUAAUUUCAUCUAUUUUUGUAACAGACUUUACUCAGUAUUUUACAUUUGAUACUUUUUUUUUUCAUUCAUAGUAAGCAUUAAACAUCAUUAAUAAGCAGAACAGAGCUACAAUACAGUAUACAGUACAGUAUGUAUAUGUAGAGGAAGGCAGCAGCUGGACUGUCUGGAAGGGGAGGGCAGGGCAAUCAGGUUUGAUCCAAAGAUGCAAUUUCUUGAAUCGAGGGUCUCGUUGGCAUCUAGUCACCUCCCUUAAGAGGUACCAUUUUAUAAUCGAGUCAUUUACAAAAUGGGAUUACUGUAUAUAAUAUUGAGCACUGACUUUUGCACACUUCAGAUUUGAACUCCUUUUAGUUUGGUGCCAUCGAUUAAAAAAUUAAGUCCCAUGUGCUCUGUGAAGUAAGCAAGAGAUUUGGGAUACUGAAAUGCCUUGAUGCCACUUUCAGAAUGGUAGCCAUUUGAUUCCCAGGGGCAGCACCAGAAUUUCUAUACAGAGAAUUCUUGGUGGCUAUCUGGUUGGAAGGAGACUUGUUUUGAAGCAGCGUUACUAUUAUUUUUGUUUGGGGACUUCAACCCCUGUCUACUACUGUUUAUUCCAUACUAUACAUUUACUUGUAUCUUACUGUUCAUCUGACUUUAAUUUUUUAAAUAACUUUUAUUCAAUUACCAUUUGUGUAUAGCUAGCAAUUUUUCCAUAAAAUUUUUAUUGAUGUUCGAUUAAUUUUUAUUAGUGUAACCACAAACAAAUUUUUACUUGCUUAUUAACAAAUUUUCCCUGGAUUAUUGAAAUGUUAAGGUUAUUUAAUGUGAGGAAAAACAAGUGUUUACAUUUAAUUGCUAAUCAAAUAACUCUAAAUAUGACUAAUUUGUUUUAGAUUACCUGUAUUUUAAGCAAACAUUUAUUUCAUUUAAACCCAUUAGACAUCAGUCCCCCACAGUUUGAUUGUUUUCACACAUUUCAUCACCAAAGCAACUACACAUUGCUGUACAUGGAAAUGAAUUAACAGUACACUUGCAAUGACUACAUUUUCUUAUGGCACAGUUGCACUUCAUGAGCUCAGGUACAGUCUGAGGAGCUGGAAAGCAACAAGCAACAGGUGCUAGACUUUUCAUACUGCCAUCCUAAGUCAGUUGGCUCUGGCAAGUUGGAAUCUACCUAGUCACUUUUACCAUUUCGAGGCAAGCUCUUUGUAUAGCUAGGUUUGUGAAGAAAGGUUUUCACACCCUACCCAGUUUGGCAUGAAAAGCCACCACUUAAGUUCAACAGUGGUAAUCUGUGUGCUUGGAAUGUACACCUUACAAAUGAAUGUUUCAGUAGCUAGCAUCAUGUCCUCAUACAAAUUAUUUGAUUUGUUUUGCCAGGGUCAGCUAAAGCUUGCCAUAAUGCUGUCUUCAGCAGAGAUGAGGGGCUUCUAAAAACUUUACCUCCCUUCAUUGAAAGAUAUGAUUGCAUCAGCCUUGCAUACUACAUCUAUGACAAUAAGGGUUUCUGCUUUUAGGUUGCCCAACUUCUUGUACACGAGUGUAUUAAUUAUGUUAAUCAAGGGGAAGCGCUAAACCCGGAGGAUUAUACAGCACCUGGGGGGGGGGAUGUGGAAGGCAUUCAGGCUUAAUUCGGGGAACUGGAGCACAGAUCCAAUUCCCUAAAUCAAGAGCCCCUCACCAACAUCAAGGAACCUUCCUUGAGGGGUACACGAGUGUAAAGGGCACACUUUGCUUCCUACCUCAUCUCCAGUGAAGUCGGCAUCUUUUGGCAGUACAGGACACUUGCUCAGUUUACACUAACCUCUAUUAGGAGUGGAUGUCCAACCAUAUUGCUCCUCUCUUUGUGGCUUCUAUUGUGUAGGAUUAUUUUACCAUCUGCUUCAUGCGAGCUACUCAGUGGCAACUUGUUGCCAAACUACACUGUAAUUUGUAGCUUUGCAUUUUCCAAGCAUUGUUCUGCUAAGAAAUUAGACAGUUCAUACUCUCUUUUCAAGAGGAAGAAGCUUCUACCUGGAUACAGUGUGGAUAACAUUUACUGGAUAACAUUUCCUAGCUAACUUCAACGUAAGAGUCAAAAAACAAAUGAAGGCAAGUGUGCAUUUCACACUUCAUGUUGAUCUGGCUAAUGAAGUAGUUAGCAAGGUCUGAGCAGUUCUUAAUUUCUUUUCUUUUCAAGUAAUAUGCACACCACUACUGGCCAUCCUCUGUAGAACCUCAUAUUACAGACUUCUUGUAGAAUAUCCUGUGGUAGUCUACAUUGUGCCCAAAACUGAAGUUCAAAAAGUUGCUUACCUUUCAUUGCCUGGUGAACUGCUGUACCUACAGUGUUGAACUGUUUAGGAAUAAUCUUUGUUGUCUGACGUGACGAUAGACAUUGGUACGUAACACUGAUAAAAAAAAAAACUUAAUUCACCUCUUAAGAUUUCUGUUCCCUACUGGAAAUGCCAGCAAUGCACCACUUUAAUAGUACAAUUCCAUCAAGAUAAUAUGAGCUAGGUUCUCUUACACUAAUGAGCCUGUGAAUCUUCCAGAUAGGUUUAGAAAAUAAUUUUUUUUUUAUGGUUACUACCUCAGUGGGAGAUGGCUGGUGGUUGCAUUACUUCUGCUUGUACCAGUGCUAAAUCUUUUGUAAGGAUCUCUCUCCAAUUCAUUCAUGUACUUUGGAGCCAUGAACUGCACAUCCAAAUUCUGAAGUUCUUCUGCAACCAAAUUAUUUGUCAUCUGGAUUAAACUUUUUCAGCUACACCAUUUGACAUACAGAUAUUCUUGUAUGUCUAUUCCAAAUCUGCCAUGCUAACAUUUUCUUGAAACAAAAGUCUUGCAAAGUAUUAACAGAUUCAUUGUCUGAUGGUUUUCAUAAGUAGUUCUUUGUGGCACGAGUGAGUGAAUCGUGUAUUUUCCAGCACUUCUUGUGGUACAUAACAUACAUAGCACGAGCAUCAGCAGGAUUCGUACUUUUGUUUACCUGCAUGUAUAUCCUAUUGUCAUUGUUCGCAUUGACUGUAGAUUUUGUCCAGCACUGUCAGUUUGUACUAAAUUCAGUGAAAUGUAUUUGUUGCUCCAUUGUCAAAAAUAUACUGAUUUCAUAUAGGCCAUAGUUUGCACUUCAAUGAAUGGUGGAGUCAACUGAGGAUAAUCCUUUUCAACUGGCUGUCCAUGAGCAUUCACAUUACUGCAUGAAUUUUCCAAGUGCUCUAUCUGCACGUUCCUUAUGGCUUGCAGUUUGACAGCACGAGUGGUGCUGUCGUACAUUCUCUCCUUUAAGAUCCUUUGCUGUCAAAGCACCAUGGUGUAUCUUAAAUUCCAUCGAGUUCACUGUGGUUUUUGGGUCUGAAAUGGCUUCUUUAGUGUCCAACUGGGCAAACAGUAUCCAGCACAGACUGUCUUAAAGAUUACUUGCCAUCAACUGUGAAGAGGAAAAUUCUGAAAUCAACUUGCUUACCUUGACUCUUACCAAAAAAAAAAAAAAAAAAAAAAAAAAAAAAAAUUUAGUUACAUGUACCUCCUAAUUAUACAGAAAUAUAAAGAUUAAUAAAAAAUUACACCAAUUUGUAUUUUUUGUCAAGGGAAAAAACUGUUGGGUAUACAUAAAUGGUAAUUGAAAUUAAAGGAAAAAAAAACAUUUUUAUAAAAUUGAAAUAUGGAAACACACAAGCAAAUACAUGGUACAGAAUAAAAAUAGAUGCCAUUUUUAGCGGCAUCAAGGCGCUUCAGUAUCCCCACAUAUGAACAUUAAAAAAAAAAAAAAAAAAAACCCUUGCUGUCUUCACUAAGAAUAUGGGAUACUCAAUGGCUCCUGACUAUUUGGACAUUCCUAGCAUGUAUCUUCAUUCUUCCUUUUCCUUUAUUCCAUUUGCACUAGCAUUAAAAUACAGUGUAGAAUAUUUGUACAUAUCAGGGAAAUGCCCAAAAUAUUUAUAAGUUAUCUUGAUGCAAUUAUUUUGUUGCUAGAUUUUUUUUUUUUUAUCAGUAGUCAAGUAGAUAUUGUGCCAUAAUGUUUAUAUUCACAAAAAUGCUGAACCUAAUAUUUAAUGAUUCAAAGAAAUGUGCAUUAGAAUCAGUCGACUACUGUAGUCUAUUGCAACCAUUCUCCCUAAUUCAGUCAUAGUAGUGUACAUUGUACAAUAGCUUUCCUGUGCUGCCCUGUGAUAUUUGCCUACAUUUUUCUGUUAAGGGAUCAUGUAUUUUGUUUAAAAUAAUAAAAAAAAUCAAACCUU